UUCAUCGCGAGACUUUUAGCGCGUUGUCUUUCAGGUAUAUUUAUGUUGCUAAUUGCUUUCACCGGUUUUCUUCGUUUUUCGAGUCAUUGUCUCGUGCACUUCAUUGUCGUUCGUUGAGGAAAUCUUUCUUUUAGACGAAAGUCGAUUAUUCUGAUGGAGAUUAACCAAAUGACAGAGGGCGAACUUUGCCUGCGUUAGCUAUCACGACGAGUUUAGUUGUUGUACACUUUUCGAAAUUAUCAAGGAAAAGUCAAACGGCAAUGUGGAUUGAUGGAAGCAAUUUUUAUGGGAAUAAUAGUCGGAUUGAUGUUCGUGACGGCUUUGCUUGGUAAUUUUCUCGUAAUGUACACCGUUUAUCGUAAUACAUUGCUACGACAGCAGUGUUCCAGCAUCUUCGUUGUCAAUCUAGCCGUUUGUGAUUUCUUAAUUGCUCUUCUCUUGAUGCCCGGUUUUUUUGGCGUCUUGAUUAAUCGUUCGUGGUUAGCUGAGUCGUUCUUUUGUCAACUCAACGGUUUUCUUAAUCAUUUGCUCGGCAUUUGUGCCAUACACGCAUUGGUUCUAAUUUCAAUUGAUCGUUUUUACGCCGUUAUGAAACCGCUGAAAUAUCGUGCGAAAAUGACGAUGCAAAAGUCGCUGUAUGCCGUGUUUUACGUCUGGAUUCAAGCUAUAAUUUUUGCUCUCGUCCCAGUCCCCCAAGGCUGGUAUCAAUUCAACGACAGUUUUUUGUGUUGUACGUUCACUCCGUCUUCCCAUCAUGCACCGAAGCAUCUCUAUAUUUAUUCGUUGUAUUUCUUUAACUUUGUGAUUCCGCUGGUCAUCAUGCUUGCGGCAUAUUAUAAAAUAUUUCAUGUUGCGAAACGUCAUUCUGGACGCAUUGGACCAGCGGUCGUUCAGCUUGGAGCAAUUGGAAUCCAAGAACUUGUGGCUAUUCGGAAGGAUAUCGGUCGACAGCGUGAGGCCCGAGCGGCCCGUAAUAUAACCUUCGUUGUUGCAGCGUUUCUCUGCUGUCAUGUUCCAUAUAUUACGUUGAAGUUACUGCAGUUGCAAAAUGGUUUCACACUACAGUUACCUGUGGCUGCAACGAUCUCUGUCAAGCUGCUGAACUUCUUGAAAAGUUCUCUAGAUCCCAUUAUUUACGGUCUAUGUCAAAGAAAAUUUCGUUCUGCCUUCUCCUCCAUUCUUCCAUCGGGACUUCGUGUUAGAAUAAUGAAUAAAACCCACCUUAACCAAGAGUUCGCUAGGCGUAGAGCCAGUAACAACGCGAUGACAUCCGCUGACCGCGAGAACAGCAAGUAUUCUGAAUACAGCCAAGAUCAAACAACUAAUGAUAAUAUUUAAUCAUUUCACCAUUCAGAUAACAGAUUGGCGAUAUCCUCUAUAGUUUUUUAGCUGUUUACAUACAAUAUGUUUUGUAUAAUUAUUUAAGAUUAGCAUCCUCUAA